AUGAAUAAUGAUAUUCUUAAUAUAAUUAUAAUAUCAUCUUUAAAAGAUGGAACUGGUAACACUAUACUUGCGAAUAGAUUGAAACUCAUAUUCGAAUCUGCAAAUAAAAGUACCAGCCAACCAAAAACUAUAUCAAAUAAGCAGUACAAUGUAAUAUUAUUUGAUAUAAACAAGACAAUAGAUAAUUUAAAUGAUUUACUACAGUCUUUAGAUAAUCGUUGUAAUGGUAAUGGUAUUUAUUUACUUGGAAUCAAUGCAUAUAGAGUUGGUCAUUUAAUAAAUAACUUAAAUAAGAAGUAUCUUUAUUCAUUGAUAUUUGGUGGUACAGACUUGAAUGUUGCCUCAAAGGAUGAAGCAAAACAAAAGAUAAUGAAUCAAUGUGUAGGUGAUGCAAUUCAUUUGAUUUGUUUAUCGGAUGAGAUGAAAUCAAAGGCAUCUAAACUAUGGCCAAAUCUAAUAUCUAGGAUGAUUGUCAUUACACCCUCAGUGAUACCAAAUGUAACAACCACAACAACCUCACCAACAACCUCAUCAAUAUCUGAUUCAAUGAACUAUUACCAACUAUUCACAAACAAUGUAAUACAACCACCAAUACCAACAGACACUAUCGAAGAACUAUCAUCUAAAUCAACAAUGAAAAUACUGUUACCAAUUGGAAUAAGACCAAUCAAAGAUCCGCUAUUCUUACUAAAAGAUUUCUCUAAUUUUUCAAUUAAAUAUGAACAGCAACAACAACAAAGUAAUAAUAAUAAUAAUCAACAACAACAACAACAACAACAAUCAAAAUUCAAAAGAAUAGUAAUGAUAAUUAUUGGACCAUGUUUAGAUGACAGUCUAAUGAAAGAAUUACUAUCAACAAUUUCACAAUGUAAUAAUAUAUAUUAUACAAGUAGUAUACCUCAUCAUCAGUUGCUACAGUUGAUAGCAGAGUCUGAUGUAGUUGUGAAUAGCUCUAUCGACGAAGGAUUACCAACAGCGCUGAUGGAAGCAAUGCAUCUUGGAACACUUACAUUGGCAAGAGAUAACAGUGGCAACAAACAUCUCGUAGAUCAUAUGGGUAAUGGAAUCAUCUUCAAAACUCCAAGUGAAUUUACAGAACAACUCGAAUUUUAUUUAAAUACAGCAAAUACAGAGCAUAUCCAUUCUUUAAUUAGCAAAGCAAAACAACAGAUCGAUACUAAAUAUUCAUCAGCAAAUGAAAUUUCACAAUAUUUAAACUUAUUUAAAUAA